CCGCCGAGACGUCAUUUCCGGCAUCCGUUGUCUCCGCUCGUUGAGUGCGGGCACGCGGCAGCUCAGAACGUUGGAGUAACGGCCUUCCACGCUUCGCCGUCGCCAUGGCAUCCCUGUCGUUAGCUCCUGUGAACAUAUUCAAGGCUGGUGCUGAUGAGGAGAGAGCAGAAACAGCUCGCUUGUCCUCUUUCAUUGGGGCCAUUGCCAUUGGAGACCUUGUCAAAAGCACUUUGGGGCCUAAAGGAAUGGACAAGAUACUUCUGAGUACUGGAAGAGAAGGUACAGUGACCGUAACCAAUGAUGGAGCAACAAUCUUGAAAGCUAUUGGAGUUGACAAUCCUGCAGCCAAGAUUUUAGUCGAUAUGUCCAAAGUUCAGGAUGAUGAAGUUGGUGAUGGAACAACCUCAGUAACGGUUUUAGCAGCUGAAUUGCUAAGGGAGGCAGAACUCUUGAUUGCAAGAAAGAUCCAUCCUCAAACCAUCAUUGCAGGGUGGAGAGACGCCACAAAAGCAGCAAGAGAUGCCUUGGUGAAAUCUGCUGUGGAUCACAGUGAAAAUGAAGAACAGUUUCAUCAAGAUUUGAUGAAUAUUGCAGAGACGACCCUCUCUUCAAAGCUGCUUACUCAUCACAAAGCUCACUUUGCAAAACUUGCAGUGGAUGCUAUCCUCAGGUUGAAGGGCUCUGGUAACCUGGAAGCUAUUCAUGUCAUCAAGAAACUUGGAGGAAGUCUAAUAGAUUCUUAUUUAGACGAAGGUUUUCUCUUAGACAAAAAAAUUGGAGUCAACCAGCCAAAAAGAAUUGAAAAUGCAAAAAUACUUAUUGCAAAUACUGGCAUGGAUACAGAUAAAAUUAAGAUAUUUGGCUCCCGUGUAAGAGUGGAUUCCACAGCAAAGGUAGCAGAAAUAGAACAAGCAGAGAAAGAGAAAAUGAAGGAGAAGGUUGAGCGUAUUCUCAAGCAUGGAAUAAAUUGUUUUAUCAACAGGCAACUUAUUUACAACUACCCAGAACAGAUGUUUGCCGCUGCCGGUGUUAUGGCUAUUGAACAUGCAGAUUUUGCUGGAGUUGAACGUCUGGCUCUCGUUACAGGCGGCGAAAUUGCUUCAACUUUUGAUCAUCCAGAACUAGUAAAGCUAGGAAGCUGUAAGCUGAUUGAAGAAGUAAUGAUUGGUGAAGAUAAACUGAUUCAUUUCUCUGGAGUUGCUAUGGGUGAAGCUUGCACCAUAGUUCUGCGUGGUGCAACACAACAGAUCCUUGAUGAAGCAGAACGAUCACUGCAUGAUGCGCUGUGUGUUCUUGCCCAGACUGUAAAAGAUACCAGGACUGUUUAUGGAGGAGGCUGUUCAGAGAUGCUGAUGGCUAAUGCUGUGAUGGAGCUUGCAAAAAGAACACCGGGCAAAGAAUCAUUAGCAAUGGAGUCAUUUGCUAAGGCCCUGAGUACGCUUCCCACCAUCAUAGCUGAUAAUGCUGGCUAUGACAGUGCGGAUCUAGUUUCUCAACUUCGAGCUGCUCACAUUGAAGGAAAAGCUACAUGUGGACUUGACAUGAGAGAGGGUGCCAUUGCCGACAUGGCCAUUCUGGGAGUUGUUGAAAGCUUUCAAGUGAAACGGCAGGUUUUGCUUAGUGCUGCUGAAGCUGCAGAAGUUAUUCUCCGUGUUGACGACAUUAUUAAAGCAGCUCCAAGGAAACGAGUCCCAGAUCGUUACCCAUGUUGAGUAAUCUGUCGCCAACGUGAACACAUGGACCAGCAGUUUGCAAGACGUUACUUUGCUUGUAACAGAUUACAGAGUAAAGGGCUGUCAUAUCUAGCACUGACAUGCAAUUAGUCUUUUAGUUUAACUUAUAUUGUUUUUCAAGACCAAUUUGUUCUCAAUUGUAUAACGUCAGUAUUUCCCCACCGUCUUCUUUGCGUAGUACUCUGUAAUAAAAGGUUCAUACAUAUA